AUGUAAAUGAAUAAUUUAUAAUAAUUAUAACUUAGUUUAUAAUUAAUACUGAUAUAAUAUUUUCAUUUCUUUAUUUUAUUCUACAAUAAAAAUAAUUUAAUUUUAGUAAACAAUUUAAAUUAAAAUAUUUCUUUUUUAUAAAAACUUUAUAAAAAGAAUUAAUUUUAAAAGAAAUAAAAAGAAAUUAAAUUAUUAUCUUCAAAACAAACUAAGAUCACUAUUAAAAAGUAAAAUAUAUCUAACUAACACUUUGAUUUAAUUAAAUUAAGUUUUUGUUAAAAUAGUACUGAUAAUAGAUAGAUAUAUUAAAAAAUAAUUAUGGAAUAAAAAAUAUUCUUUUCUGAGUUAGAAGAUCUAUUAAAUUCUUCUUUAUCUUCUCACAAGACUCUUGAAAUUAAUCUUCGAAAAAACAAAGUAGGUGAUCUAUCUAAUUCAGGAUUAAUUUCUGCUUUGGAAAACUGCACUAUUCUCGAAGAUUUGAUACUAGAUAUUUGCAAUAAUUAAAUCACUGACAUCUAUGCAUCAAGCUUAGGGUCUGCUUUAGGUUAAUGUGCUAAUCUAACAAAUUUGGAAAUAGACUUUACAUUAAAUAAAAUUCAUGAAUAAGGAGCCUCUAAUUUAGGUUCUUCUUUGGCAAACUGCACUCAUCUCAUUAAUUUGAAACUCGUUUUCAACUAAAAUAAAAUUGGUUCAUUAGGUUUAUCAGGUUUAAGUACAGGUUUUUCUAAUUGCAGUAAUCUCAAAAGCUUGACACUCUUUCUUGAAGAUAAUGGAAUUGACGAUUAAGGAGCUGGAAGUUUAGGGUUUUCAUUAUCAAAAUGUACUAAUCUUUCAAAACUAAUUCUUUAUUUUACCCGCAAUUCAAUUGGCUCUUAAGGUACAAAAUAUUUAGUGUCUAAUUUAAAAGAUUGCACUCAUCUUUCAUACCUGAAGCUCUUCCUUUAAGCAAACAGUAUUACUGGAUAAGGUGGAUAAUUCCUAGGUUCUGGUUUGGCUGGCUGCUCUAACCUCUCAGAUUUAAUUAUCGACUUAUCAAUAAAUUAAAUUGGUAAUUUUGGGCUUGAAGGCUUAUGUUCUGCUUUGUAAAACUGCAACAAACUCUCGAACCUGAUCCUUUACCUUGAGUCAAAUCAAAUUGGUGAUGAAGGUUUUUAAUUUUUAUGCUCUAAUUUGAUAAAAUAUGCUCAUCUUUCAAUUCUAACACUCUUUCUUAAUUAAAAUAUUCUAGUAAAUAGAGCAUACAAUUCUAAACUAAGAAAGAAAAUUCUUAAAAUGAAAAGAUUAGUUGCCAAAAAAAUUAAGUUAUGA